AUGCAGGUGGAUGGAGAUGGCAGAAGUCCUGCCCCUGUCUUUGCUGGUUCCCUCAUGUGGGCUGUGUUGCUGUUUGCAGACGAUGGGAAGCUGUCACUGGAGGAGUUCCAGGCCUUUUUUUCAGAUGGGACACUCAACGAAGAAGAACUCGAGAAGCUCUUUCACACCAUUGACUCAGACAACACUAACAAUGUGGACACCAAGGAGCUGUGUGACUAUUUUGCUGACCACAUGGGAGACUAUGAAGAUGUUUUGGCCUCUCUGGAGAUGCUGAACCUCUCCAUCCUGAAGGCAAUGGACUACACCAAGAGGUGAGUGAAAAGUCGUGUCCCUCUUCACUCACAAGUGAUGGGGUACACUGAGGACCAAGCCAAGGAGGGAGGUUUUGCUUUUUCCAAGCAGCCACAAGGACUUCCCAGUCCAACCACAACACUCCUGCAAGUAAUCCAAAUUGAAAUCUCCCUUGCAUUUAUCUUUGAAGCUAGAGGAGAAACUCAAAUUACUCCACAUUAAAGGUGUGGUAAUGAUAAGAAGUUUUAGGAGUUAGAGUGGGAAACAGCAAAUUUCUCUCCCAUCUUACUGCUGAGUAAAGAGCCUGAUUUUCCUGCUUGAUCGAAUUCCAUCCCUUCUGAUGUUUGUGAAGUGGAAAGUGAAGGCACGUAUUUCACAUGUUGAUGUCUUGCCAUAAUAAAUUAAAGGCAGAAGCCUUUGGCCCAUCA